AUGGUCAACAUCGCAGUCGUAGGCUCCGGCGUAUCGGGUUUGGCAGCUACAUGGCUGCUCAACGAGCACUCGGAUCAUGAGGUCCAUCUCUUCGAAAAGGGCACCUACGUCGGCGGUCACACUCACACCGUGCCUUUCAAGCAACCUCGUAAUCCGACUGCAUCGCCCGUGCCUGUCGACACAGGCUUCAUCGUCUUCAACGAAGUCACUUAUCCCAACUUUCUGCGCUUCCUCGAGCUCAAGAAGAUCAACAUCACCGGCUCGGACAUGUCCUUCGCUGUCUCGCGUGACGCUGGCGAAUAUGAAUGGGCUGGCAAGACUCCCGCGACGCUCUUUGCCCAAUGGCAGACUCUCUUCUCGCCUGCCCAAUGGCGCCUCGUAUGGGACAUCAUCAGGUUCAACGCCUUCUCUACAGAAAUCCUCGAACAGGUCAAGAGCGAAGCAAAGGCCUCCUCCAGCGCUGCAGGACAGAGCAUUGGCCGUUAUAUCGAGAAAGAGGGAUACUCGGAGUCCUUCAAGAACAACUAUCUUCUGCCCAUGACUGCAGCCAUCUGGUCCACACCACCCGACCGAUGUGCACUCGAUUUCCCUGCUCAGACACUCAUCCGGUUCAUGCACAAUCACCACCUCUUGCAACUAUUCGAUCGUCCAAGGUGGCUCACUAUCCAGAAUGGAUCGAUAUCCUACAUCAAUGCCAUCACAAAGUCGCUGCCACCCAAGCGGCUUCACUUGAACACGGCAGUCACCGCAGUGACCAACACGGGCGAGGGCCAAGUGAUGCUCACCUUGCAAGAUGGCAGCAAGCAAGUCUACGACCACGUCAUCCUAGCUGUUCAUGCCGACGAGGCACUGGAGAUGCUCCUCAACGGUGCAGACGGUGCAACACGCGAAGAAGCCGAAAUCCUGGGCGGAUUUCAAUUCAACAAGAAUGUCGCUUACCUUCAUUCCGACCCAGAUCUCAUGCCGAAGAGACGUGUGGCCUGGUCAGCUUGGAAUUAUAUGACGAAAUCUGAGGAGAAGAGCGAUGCCGUCGACACCAUCUCGUUGACAUACUGGAUGAAUCUGCUGCAGAAUAUCGACGAGAAGGAACAUGGCGAUGUGCUUGUUACUCUGAAUCCGUUGACGAAGCCCAAGCCUGCCCUCACCGUUGGGCACUGGAAUUACGAGCAUCCACUCUACACUGAACAAAGCGUCGCGAGUCAGGGUAACUUGCACAGGAUACAGGCCAAACGAGGCGUUACCUUUGCCGGGGCUUGGACAAAUUAUGGCUUCCACGAGGAUGGCUUUACGUCUGGCUUGCGAGUAGCAACGACUUAUCUCGGGGUCAAGCCGCCCUUCGAAAUUCGUAGUGCAGAAAGACAGACGAGGUCAGACGCGCUCUCCGAAGCCGGCAAGCUCAUCAUCGAGUGUCUCGACUUUGGCAGACGCCUUCUGGAACCAUUCUUCGUUGCUGCUAUGAUAAUGCUCGUAUUCACAGCACUAGCGUGGGAGCAUGUCUUGAUGCCUUUAGAGCUUGCAUUACGGCGCACCACGAGCAUCGCUCCCGGCAUCCUCAGUCGACGGCGAGAGCGGGCAGCUGGGACGCUCCGGGAAUCGCGACAGUUGAUACGGCAGCUCCGAAAGUACUGGGCGACAGCGGCGGGAAGGCCAAAUCCGAGAGGACCCCGAGCGGCACUUAAGCCGACAAACAAGAAAAUGAGGUAG